AUGACUUCCGUCGCUGUUACGACCGGCCAUCAGGCCCACGACACAUUCUUGGAUGGCCAAGUCGAAAAGAGAACCUCCGUCGCCGCGGCUUCUGACCUCAAGGAAGAGGUCGACAGUGAGAAUGAGGAAAUCACAGAUCUCUUCUCAAGCUUCCCUCCGCUCAAGGGCAUCGAGGAAGAACCCAACCCCCUCACAGCUCGAGCUGUGAUAGUAGGCAUUAUUCUCGGAUCCCUCGUUAAUGCUUCCAAUGUGUAUCUCGGUCUUAAGACUGGUUUCACCUUCAGCGCGACCAUGUUUGGCGCAAUUUUCGGUUACGGUAUCAUCGUACUCCUCACAAAGGCCCUCCCGGGCGUUCCCAUCCUAGGCAUGAAGUUUGGCCCUCAGGAGAACUCCAUCAUCCAGGCUGCUGCUACGGGUGCCGGUGGUAUGGCUGGUGUCUUUGUCGCCGGUCUUCCCGCCAUGUACAGACUGAAGCUGCUCUCUGACGAUCCCAAGAGCGACUUCCCUCGCAUUCUGACCAUUACUAUUAUCUGUGCCUUCUUCGGCCUGUUCGCUGCCGUUCCCCUGCGCAAGUUUUUCAUCAUCAAUGUUGCCAGGGAGCUGAAUCUCGUCUUCCCCACGCCCACCGCUACGGCCCUGACCAUUCGAUCCAUGCAUGCCGUGGGCUCUGGCGCCCAGGAUGCCAUGAAGAAGAUCAAGGCCCUCGGAUAUUCCUUCCUCGGUGCCCUGGUACAUAUUGUUGUCUCCCAGUACGCGGACGGCAUCUUGCAUAACUGGCACAUGUUCACGUGGUUUUAUGCCUGGAGUGGCUACUCGAACUGGGCUCUCAACAUUGAGAACUGGGGAUGGUACAUCCAGCUGACCCCGGCCUUCUUUGGAUCUGGUAUUCUGGUCGGCCUCAACGCCGCGCUGUCGUGGUGGCUUGGUACUGUUGCUGCCUGGGGUCUAAUUGGACCUCUUUUGGUUCACUAUGGAAUCUGCACUGGCAAGGUUAUUGGCGAAGGCAGAUGGGCCGACCUGAGAUCCUUCAACUCCCUGAGCGGUGUUGAUCAACCGAAUUAUGUCCCAUCGCCACGCUACUGGAUGCUGUGGCCUGGUGUCAUGGUUUUGCUCGUCUACUCUCUGAUUGAGUUCUUCCUCCACAUCAGGGUCGUUUGGGAUGGCGCCUUGUAUGGCUUCCGGUCCAUGGCUGGAUCUCUCCAUGCUACGCUCGAGAAAAGGGGCAAAAGCAACGCGUUCCUGGAGAAGCAGGCUGCUAGAUUGAACGAAGACAACAGCUUGCUGGAGGACUUUGCUACUCCGGAUCAACAAGUCCCGACCUGGAUCUGGUCCAUCGGAACCAUCGUCAUGGUUGUUGUGUCCAUGCUUGUCUGUCACUUCCAGUUCGACAUGAACCCCGGCCUGGCUAUUCUAGCCUGCAUUCUGGGUCUCAUGUUUGCCUUUUUGAGUAUUUACGGAGGUGCAGUCACGGACACAGCACCUCUGACUGCCUCGGCCAAGGCCUCGCAGCUCGUGUUUGGCGGCAUCACCAGGGGCAGCCAUUCGAUUCCGGACGCUCAGCGAAUCAAUCUCAUUGCCGGUAACAUUGCUUCGGGAUGUGCCGAUGUGUCCAACAGCUUGGUCAGCGAUUUCCGUGUCGGCUUCCUGCUCCGAACUCCCCCCAAGUACCAGUUUUACGCCCAAGCCAUGGGUGCCGUCGUCUCCGUGUUCCUGGCUCCCGGCAUCUUCGUGCUGUUCAUGGCUGCGUAUCCUUGCGUGUGGAACGAUGCGACCAGCGCUACCGCCGAGGCGAAAUGCCCCUUCCAGGCGCCGUCCGUCGUUGCUUGGAAAGCGGUUGCUCAAGCUGUCACCCUGCCCAAGAUCCCUAUCCCCCUCUCUUGCACCAUCUUCUCCAUUGUCAUGGGCGUUGUUGCCGGAGCGCAGGCCGUUAUCAAGAACUUCUACCUUGUUGGUCCGCGCGAGAAGUAUCGCGACUAUCUUCCCAACUGGAUGGCUAUUGGUGUUGCUUGGGUCCUUGGCGUUGAUAGUGGCUACGCCAAUGCCAUUCUGUUUGGCAGUAUUACUGCGUGGUGGUGGAAGAAGUAUUUCCCCAAGAACUUUGAGGUAUACGCCUUUGCUAUUGCUGCUGGACUGCUUGCCGGCGAGGGUCUCGGUGGAGUGGUGAAUGCUGCCCUGACGUUGGGAGGUGUGGAUGGUAAUGUCAAAGGAACGAGUAUUGCAUUGCCAGGAGGAUGGUAA